CUGCGUUCGCUAGAAUUGCGAGAUCCGCUUCGAUCUCGGCCAUUUCCACUUCGUUCGGAACGUGGUGUAGUCGUUAUUCUUGCAGAGCUGUGUAAGAUAACGGCUGUACAAGAUGGUGAACGGAAGGAUACCGUCAGUUUUCUCGAAAACCUACGUUACUCCAAGGAGGCCUUAUGAAAAGGCUCGCUUGGAUCAAGAAUUACGAAUUAUCGGUGAAUACGGUCUUCGUAAUAAACGCGAAGUCUGGAGAGUCAAGUACACUUUGGCAAAUAUACGUAAAGCCGCUCGUGAGCUGUUGACUUUGGAAGAGAAGGAUCCUAAGCGUUUAUUCGAAGGAAAUGCUCUUUUACGUCGACUGGUGAGAAUUGGAGUGUUAGAUGAGAGUCGCAUGAAACUCGAUUACGUUCUCGGUUUGAAAAUUGAAGAUUUCUUGGAAAGGAGACUUCAGACUCAAGUAUUCAAACUGGGACUUGCCAAAUCUAUCCAUCAUGCACGCGUACUUAUUCGUCAGAGACACAUUAGAGUGCGCAAACAAGUGGUGAAUAUUCCAUCUUUCAUUGUAAGAUUGGAUUCGCAGAAGCACAUUGACUUCUCUGUGAAAUCGCCAUUCGGCGGUGGCAGACCUGGCCGUGUUAAGAGGAAGAACCUCCGCAAGGGCAGUGGAGGAGCUGCUCCAGAGGAAGAAGAAGAUUAAAUCAUUUUCUUUAAUAUUUUUAUCUAAUAAAGAUAUGUGAUUCUUAUGUUCAAACUGA